CCGUGUCACGUGACGGGGGGAAAUAGGGAGGCUCUUGUGUGUUUACAUCAAGGCGCUCAACGGCAGCUGCUGCGGACCGUCUGCAUAUCAAUGUUUCGUUUUCGUUUCACUGGAAACGAGUACGAUCGUCGGUUUACGCGCUGCUAAUCGGUCGCGGAAUACCGCCGCGGUGUGUUAAAGAAAGCGCGCGUGCACUGCAGCUGUGAUCCGUUUGUAUUACAUUGCUGGCGUCAUGGACGAGCUCGCGGUGGAGGUGCGGGGAGCGAGCGGAGCUUUCUACAAGGCUUUUAUUAAAGAUGUUCAUGAAAGUACAGUGACAGUGGCUUUUGAGAACAAUUGGCAACCAGAACGGCAGAUUCCCUUCCAGGAAGUUCGGUUUCCACCUCCAACUGGAUUUCAGAAAGAGAUAAAUGAGAGCGAUGAAGUUGAGGUGUACUCUAGGGCCAAUGAUAAGGAGCCCUGUGGAUGGUGGCUAGCCAAAGUUCGGAUGGUUAAAGGGGAGUUCUACGUCAUAGAAUAUGCGGCCUGUGAUGCCACACUAAAUGAAAUAGUCACAUUAGAGAGACUACGGCCAGUGAACCCCAACAAACUAACUUCAAAGAACACCUUUCUCAAAACCCGACUAGAUGUUCCUGAAGACCUAAGACAAAUGUGUGCGAAAGACUCGGCUCACAAAGACUUCAAAAAAGCGAUCGGGGCAUUUAACGUCACAUACGACUCGGACGAAAAGCAGCUGAUUAUUUUGUCUGUUAAUGAGGUCACAGCGAAGCGAAUCGCAAUGUUAAGCGACAUGCACUUCAGGAGUUUGCGCACAAAGCUGACGUUGAUGCAGAGAAACGAGGAAGCGACCAGACAGCUGGAGAGUUCUCGACAACUGGCUUCGAGGUUUCAUGAGCAGUUUGUGGUUCGUGAUGAUCUCAUGGGACUGGCCAUAGGCACCCAUGGGGCGAAUAUCCAACAAGCCAGGAAGAUUCCAGGGGUCACCACCAUUGAUCUAGAUGAAGAAACGUGCACGUUUCACAUCUAUGGAGAGGACCAGGAGGCUGUGCGGAAGGCCAGAAGCUACCUUGAAUUUUCCGAAGAUAUUAUCAAAGUUCCCAAAAAUUUAGUCGGCAAAGUCAUUGGCAAGAGUGGGAAGCUGAUUCAAGAGGUUGUGGAUAAAUCGGGAGUUGUUCGUGUUCGAGUGGAACCAGAAAAUGACAAAAAGCCUUCUCCAGUAGAGGAGGGAAUGGUGCCAUUUGUGUUUGUGGGUACGAAAGAAAGCAUCUCAAAUGCUCAUAUUCUGCUGGACUACCAUCUGAAUUAUCUGAAAGAGGUAGAUCAGCUCCGAAUGGAGAGACUGCAGAUUGAUGAGCAGCUCAGACAAAUCGGUGGAGGCCCCAGGGCUCCUACAGGAAGACCUGAGAAAGAAAAACCCUUCGUGGCUGAUAAUGGAAUGGGACCCUCGCGAGGUGGUAGCGUGAAGCCGUUUGGUCGGGGAGGAAGAGGGAGGCGGGGCCCAACACUGGCCUCAGGCACCAACUCUGAAGCCUCUAAUGCGUCCGAGACUGAGUCUGACCACAGAGAAGAACUUAGCGACUGGUCCUUGGCCCCUACAGAUGAGGAGUCCAUGGGUUAUCCCAAAAGGGCCCCAGAUGGACGUAAAAGGGGGGGAGGACCCCGGGGUCGUGGAGGGAGAGGAAGAGGUGGAUACAAAACUGAAGACAUGCACUGGAAUGAGUCCCGCUCUCGCAGUUCGAGAGACACAUUGCAGAUCCGCAUUGACAGCAAUAACGAGAGGAGUGUCCACACCAGCCGAGGAUCUCAAAGUCAAGCAGGAGACAGUGGAGGAAACCGACAAAGACCCGUGAAAGAGCGAGGAAUGAAAAAAGAGAAGCAGGACGGCCCAGACAGCCAAGCUGUCGUGAAUGGCAUUUCGUAAAAAACGUGCCCCCCUAAUCUCACUCAGCUCCACCAAUCCAGAUGCUUCUUCAUUAGAGACACAUUAGGCCAAAGAGAACCAGGUCAGUAGGGCUGUCGAGAGGCAUGACAAUAAAGCACACUUUGUAAUUGUUAAUGGUGGUAUAAGACACGGUCUCUUGGUGUACGGUGUGUUGAAUUUCGUAGUCUUCAUCGAUUAGAGAGACCGGUCUCUAAAUCAGAACUGAAGCUACUUGUUUUCUAAUUGACUUUCUAAAUAACUACCUAUGAAACUAACAGAAACUGUGGACAAAAAAUGCAUCUCAAAAAAUGAAAAAGUAUAUUUUCCAGCAAUUGGUUUUUAAAGUUUUCGUUUUCCGCAAUGUCCGAAAAAAGAAACAUGAACUCAAUCUCGUGGGGCCCAAGUUUAUGCCACAUCUCAUGGCAUAUACAUUGUUUUUACACGCUUUGGUGUCCAUGGUAACUCGAGCCCAUUCUGAUGUGAGGUCUCGGCCACAUCAUUAGCAAAAAAACGAAAUAAAAAUGGCAAAAAGUAUAAAAAUCUGUAAAAAAAAAAAAGGUUGCUCUGUCUGAUCUGUGCCUUUAACUAGAGUGGAUAGUAUCAUAAUUUGGAUGUUAAAAUCAGGGAAGAAAACAAGAACAACACCUGUUGAAACAACAUUUGUUGCAAUCUUAGCAGAAAACAAGAGGUGUUUUUUCUCUCUGUGCUGCAUGUAUUUCACAAACGUUUUGUAUGUCUGAAAAGCAGGAUUCCAUCGAAUCAGUCGAUUUAUAUUUUCUCACGAAUGAAUUGUGAGUAGUAAUUGUAUUAACCAAACUAAACUAGUACUCAUGCAUAAGAGGUAAAUAUUUGGAUGUCAAAAAAUUGUAACCAACCACCCAGAGGUGAAUAUCGAUUUGUAAUGCAGCAAUGUAUUCAAUCACCAAAUUUAGCAUAUCUUUAUAUUUCUAGAGCAGUUAUUCAUUUGUUAGAAGUUUUCUUUUUUUUUACCUCCCAUCUUCAUAAUAAAGACAUGAUGUGAUUUAGCUUCUUAACAGUUUCUCACAAACAGGGUGGAAAUGCUAUUUCUUUCUCGCUCCAUGCUGGCCACCGUAAACUGCCAUCUCUCCUGCUGUAUUGUUCAGCAUCAGGUGUGAAGCACUUAUAUCAGAUAUCCGUAACUUUGUCUUUGUCCUAAAAAUGGGUCAUCAUAGACUGAAAAUGUUGCAUACUGUAUAUUAUGUCAUCCAGUCAGAGAUUGUUGCUGUUCUUUUUAGAUUGAACUUUAAAUGUGCACUUAUCAUGUUUGUGUUCCUCUGCAAGUACUUUAUAAUCUAUGAACCUAUAAUAAACUAGAAUGUGAUAAGACUUCCACAGCAGGUGAAACACGUGUAUGCUGUCUACAUAACUAAACUGAAGUUUAGGAAUCUUUGCUAAUUUUGAGUCUACUGUACUUUUGCAGCUGAAUUCGCUUCGAGAAGGAUGAGACGGGAAAUCCAAUGUUAACUUUGAUAUGAAUACCGUUUGUCUUAUCUAAGUAGUGCUUGUGCAUUAAACUUUAGUUUACAUUUUGGAAAGACGAACCCACCAUCCUUUUGAAAUCUACUGUGAUGUUUGCCAUGGUAGUUUUUCCUGCUUUUAUUUGACUGUACAGCGAGAAGGCGUCGGUUGUAUCCUCUUUUACUCUCUUUUCUGCUCUUGCUAGUCACCUGGCAGAUAGCCAGCUCUACCUGCUAAGCUUAUCUCAACCAGUUUCAAAGUGAUUUGCCUGAAUCCGUGUCCUGUAAAAACUGUUGGAAUUGAGAUGAAACGCAAAACAAGACUUAACAAACAUAAACGCAAGACUUGUAGAGGAUUCGCUCUACGGGUCGGUGUUCACGAACCACUUUUUUCCGACACCUUGUGUGGCUCUUAAAUUUAGCCUUCAUGUCAAAAUUAGGUGUUAAAUGGUUUACGCUCCAGUAUUUUUACAACCUGCGCAUCUACGGCAGGCAGUAAACUGGCAAGAUGGCGCAAUUCACUGCAGUCUGUUCAAAAACAAUGUUCAGAAUCUUUGAAGUGUUGCCAAACAGACUGUUUUCUAGGUAUUUAUUUCUUUUUUGGAAUGUAUAUGAAAAUGACAAAUUGUAAAACCAUCUCUUGCACACGUCAUAGGCUAUUGCGAUUUGAAUAAGAGCUGAAAAAAAACAACGAACAUGAAAUACUGUAGAUACUCAACCGAGGUAGACUGACCUUGUAUGUUACUGCACUUUGGGUAAUAAUUUCUUUGUACAUAAUAGCAGAACAGACUGGGUUUUAUGUUGACAUUGUUUGGUUAUAGUGCAAUAUAUUUUGUAUGCAAGCAGUUUCAAUAAAUAAAGGUUGAUCUUCCUCUGCAA